CGGACUGUACGCGUACGGCCGGGACGACGGGAUUUUUCAAGAUGUCGUCGCGAAAGCGGUCGACGAACGAUGGAGACUGGGUGUGUGGGGAUGCUAAAUGUGGAAAUGUAAACUUCUCUCGUAGGCAUCAGUGUAAUCGCUGUGGGGCAGAGAAGAGUCACACUACAAUCAAAGCCGGAGGAACUGCGAUAGGUAAACAGCUGGCGGAGAAGAGUAAAGGUCUCUUCAGUGCGGACGACUGGCAGUGCAAAACCUGCGGUAAUGUCAACUGGGCUCGACGAUCUGACUGCAACCUUUGCAAGACACCAAAGUUUGGCAAGCAGGAAGCCCGAACAGGGUACGGAGGCGGCUACAAUGAGAGACUAGGAGUGGAAUACAAGUCGGACAAUGACGAUUCAGACGGCGAAUUUGAUAUUUAUGGAAGAAAGAAAAAGAAGUAUCGAGGGAGUCUUCCUCCAAAACCAGAAGAUGAGAAAAAAGAAACAAGAGCUCAAGAAGAAGAGGAAGAGGAGGAGAGUGGGGAUGAUGGGGACUUGGAUGCCUAUAAACUGGACUCAGAUGAGGAAGAUGAUGACGAUGAAGAUUUAUCAAAGUACGAUCUAGACGCAGACGAUGAUAUCCCAACCUCUAAACCCUCAGCUGAAGACACCAAGACGACGACGAUGCGCAAUGACAAGGUCUCAAGGUCCCAUUCUCAGACCCCAUCGGGUAGCUCUGGCUCCUCCUCGUCCUCGUCAAGCUCCGGUUCAUCCAAGUCUUCUGGCUCCAGGUCCUCUAGCGGUUCCAGUAGCUACAGACGGUCUAGGUCCAGAUCACGCUCCAGUGAUCGAAAGUAUCGAAGGCAAAGUGAUUCGAGGCGAAGUCGAACACCAGAGAAGAGGCGACGAUCUCGCUCCAGGGAAAGGUCAGACAACCCCAAGAGGCUGCGACAUCGUUCCAGGUCGCGAUAAAAAAAAACGGCAAUGGGCGGCCUGCAGUGCGACUCGUGGUAUUCAGGUUUGGGUGCUAGGUUUAGGCUAGGUGCAAAAUGUAUGUGUCGAAUUUUAGUAUUUCCUAUUUUAAGUUUUUGGUGGUACUCGUAGUUUCAUGAAAUGCAAUUUAACAAAUUGUGAAAAAUAUUCAUUGCUGCUUAGUAAACUUUGUUGACUCUUUGAAUUCAUUUGUAUCAUCUAUUAAAAAGAAAUUACUUGCUUAUUUAAUUUGUCAUUUUUAUCUUAAACACAUGUUUGCUGCAAAUUAGUCGGUAACAAAUUCUUAAAAUGCUGCUCAAAAGCAUCCUUUUGUGUUGAAGGUAGGAUCAUACUUAAGUAAUGACCUACAAAAAAACUUGUGUAAUUUCUAUCUGAAAGCUUUGUUAUAAAGAUGGUUUUGGUAGUAGGCAUCCUGCGAAACUAUUCCAUCUGAUAUGCCCAUGUAUCUUUCUUAAUUGAUAUUGCAAACAUAUCCGCAUUACAAUGACACAAACCAAUCUAUGACCCCCACCUUUAAUUCUUAUCAACAUCAAAAUGACUCCAACCAAUUUUAAUUUCAGUAUUUUGUUUGUUAUUCCCCUUUCUUUUCUCUAGGAGUGGAAUCCUGCGAUGAUGAUGCUGCACUGUAGUUUUGUUGAGGGAAGCUUGGACCACCAACAACAAAAAGUAAGAUUGGUUUAAAAGCCUCGCUGUGUCAAAUAAGUUUUAUAAUACAAUAGUCAAGUACCAGUGUCGUUUCUGAACUGGGCUAUGCUUUGGUUACCAGUGACCUUUCUCUUGAGGAAUCUGGUGCUCAAAAUGUUAUGAACAGUUAAGCUACUGAGUUCAGUCUGGUACCCUGUGCCCCAUGCCAGUUGCAGCUGGUUUCAAAUAGUUAGAGAGUGACAUGUUUUGAAAAGGUUUAUAUGUAUGUAUAAUUAUUGCACAACUAAAUAAUACAAUCAAUCUGUGAAUUGAAUUGAAUUGCGUUGGCGAAAUUUAUUUAGUAAAGAUAUCAUUUCUAUCGCAUUACAUGAUUAAAAACAAUCUGAAACUGACACAUUGUUUAUCAGCCAAUAGUUGUAUUACAAAAUAAACUUUUAUCGUUUGCUAGAAAUAUUGUGAAAUUUUCUACUGUUGAAUUUUUAUGUUUAUGUUUUUUUUUUUUUUUUUUCACUUGAAAAAGUAAAAGAAAAAGUCUGGGUCACUUUAAUAAAUUAAUAGAAGUACUUAAUUGAAGUAAAUUAAAGACUUUCUCCUACCCACAUCAGUAGGUUUGUUUUGGGGAAAUUUAAAAAGAAACACUGGCUGAAAUAGUAAAAUGUAAAGAAAUGGAAGAUGAUAAAAUUUACAGAUGCUACCGAAAGUGCAGUAUUUUGAUCACAGGCUACGUAGCUUUGCUAGUGUGUGGACUCGGUCCUCCAUUAGCCUCUUCUCUUAUGUCAUUAUGCGAAAAUUUUUGUUUUGGACUUGGAUAUGAUUGGUAUGCCUGACCCAUUGAUAAUAACCGCACACACUGUUUGGGUCUACAUUCCCCAGUCUUUUUGGAUCCCUCCUUUUUGGCAAUUGGAUGUAGAAGGAUUUCGGACUGAAAGGUUAAGGCUCCAAACAUUCUAACAGUUUUUAUUUAUUUUAUUUUUUUAUUGGGGUGGAGAGCAGUAUAGAUGUAUCCUACUUAAUUAUAUAUGUAAAAGUAAUGGCAGUGUAGUCACAACAACAUCUAGAUGGUUUUUGUUUAACUAAGCGGGACUAGGGUCCAAUGUCAUGAUGCUGCUUACCAAAGAAUAUCGUGUUUACAGUAGGUCCCCUGUAAAGCGCGUUUUACUUGGGUUUGUAAGCGCGGAAUUCUGCGUUAAGCAGAGCCAUGAAAUUAGGCCGUGUUCAAGCUGAACAAUUCAAAAAAGCUGCUGCUUAGCAAUUGUAUACAAGUGCUUAGCGAAAAUGGAAGGUUAUACCAAUUGCUGUACAUAACUAAGCAUUUACAUUGAUAACCUGUUUUAUACAUGUAGUAUGCAUGAGUUGUUGUGUAUACUUCAGGGCCAAUUUUAUAAAGCUGUUUAAAAAUACAAAAUGGCUAAGCACAGCUUAUCUUGCUGAGGAGGAUCCUUCCAUGCAAAAUACUAAGUCAUGUCAUGAUUGCAACUGGUCCCUUCCUAUUUCUUGCUUAGCAGCAAUCUAUUUUAAGCAAGUCAAUGAGAUUUUACUGAGCUAUGUUCAGUAAAAGAACAUUAGAGUUCAAAUCCAUGCCACUGCUCUAAUGUUAUCUUUACACAUUGCCAAUGGAUUGAAAGUAUUUUGUGAGAACAUCUAGUUACUAUCAAUUUAGUAAAGGUAUAAUUAGCUUUGAACAAUAAUAGGACGGUGCAUAUAUGUAGCAAGUGCUAGAUUUCCUAUAAGUUUUCAUGCAUCUCCUCGGCACCUGUUGUGCACAUCUGCGCUUUUUAUGUCACAAUUUGCUUUGUGUUGCGCUUGUUUUAGAGAUCAACUGUAAUUUUGAUUUCAGAUGAUACUUUCUUUAUUAAAAAAAAACGGUUUGGGGGAUAAUGAUGCAUUCGAUACACAAUAGAGGGUGGAAAGCUUUCUGUAUCCUGCCACCACUUAGUCACUCAUUUUUUACUAAAAGGAAUAUCCCAUUUGGGUAAAUUAGAUACUAAUUUAUUUAUUUGGGGUUGAACAAAGGCAAUUUUACUAGAACCAACAACCUCCAGAUAAACGUACCGGCACUCUACCAACUGAACUAUCUAGCGCACUAUGAUGGUGGUCUCCCUAAUUUCCCAAUAUCUUUGUUCGGGGUGCCAGUCAGAAACCAUACAACCGUUACUAAUUUAUUUCAUAACAAAUGAAUAAGUGGUGGGGGGGAUGCGAACAUUUUUUCUUGAGGUUUACCGAACACUACCACCUGCCUAGCAAAAUUUAGAAAUUGUAUCUUUUCUUUUUGUUGAAGUUAAUGUUUUAGUAAUAUUUUUUCCUACCAAGUUUAUUACAAAAGAAUGCUGCCAUUUAAAACAAACUUUGUUAGUGGGAUGAAUUAAUCUUUUUAUUAGUAACUUGUUACCGGCGAGUACAUGUAAUAGGUUGUAUGAGCUUAAUAAAUACAUCAUUUAAGAAUGAGA